CUCGUCUAUAUGUGCAAUGAUCAUGUAAAAGUGUAUAGAUCGUGGCUGUAUAUAGUACUUAUACUGCGCUGCGACGAUAAGACAGUAAAUAACUCGUCGCUCGGCCCGCGAAAGACGAAGACACAUUUUGCUAACGGCUCCCUUCCCGACAUAAUACCUGAUUUCAAGGACUGCGCGGCCUUUGCUCGCAGUAGGAAUCUGCUUAUUGAAGUCAUGAUCUGGCCCACCCCGUAUAAGGAGAUAAAGUCCUGUCUGUAA